AUGCAUCGGAGUAUUGCUUCAAAAAAUAUUAAUCUUUGUGAUAAUGGUCGUGUUUUAUUAGAUAAUUUUUCUCAUUAUGAUUAUAAUUUAAAAAGUGGUAUAUAUAGUUUAGGUAUAGUUGCAUGUAAACUUGCUAAUGGUUGUCAUAAUUAUAUUAACAUGCCUUUUGGAAAUUUAAGUAUGUUAUAUGCUAAAAUACAAGGUUCAGAACCGAUUUUACUUGAUCAAACUCAAUUAACAGAAGAAAUGAUGACAUUUAGUGAUAAUAGUCACAGUUUAUAUAUUCAAGAAAUAAAAAAACGAAGAUACACAAAAGAAUUUCAUUCAUUUAUUAAAUCGUGUGUAUCAACACGUCUUGAACUAAGUGUUCAUCUGAUGAAUUACAAAUAUAAUUCAUUUUUUAAAUAUCAACAAAGAUUAAAUCAUGAUCAACAUUUACUCAAUAAUGAUAUGGUUAAAUUACUGGAAAUAUAUAAAAGAAAAGAAUUAAUUAAUUAA